GGGACAGCUAGCGGCGCAGUAGGACGAUAAAAAGGGAACUUCCUUCCUCGGCAAGAGCAUUAACAUGGAGUUGGGGGGUUAUAAAUGCGAGCUAUCGGCUGGGUAAACACUUUUUCAAACAAACAAGCCUAUGGGCUCUUGAUAUGCGUGUGAAGUUAAAGAGGUACAACCGAGUUUCAAAAUGAAGCAUGUUCCAGGACUGUUAACCAUUACACUGACUUUACUGAUGGGAAGCGCAAGCGGGUUAGAGCCGAGUAACGGAUACUGCAUAGGGAGCGAGUGUUUUGCUGUGUUCCAAGGUCCCAGCGAUUUCACAGCCGCUCAGACUGAAUGCGCAGACAAGAAGGGACAUUUAAUGACAGUCCGGUCAUCUGUGUCCCACGACACUUUUUCCAUCUUGUUAGGAAGCCUUUCCGAACGAUUUUGGAUCGGUUUACAUCUGCCGAGUGGCUGUCCGGACGCUUCCGCCAAGUUGCGAGGCUUCCAGUGGGUGACCGGUGACAGUGAGUCCGACUACUACAACUGGGCGCCAACUUUUGACAGCAGCUGCUCUCCCCAGUGUGUCUCAGUUUCCAGAGGGGACAACUUUACAUGGGCAACGGAGCCGUGCGACCAGCCCGCAGCCGGAUAUCUCUGCGAGUUCAGCUUCCAUAAGCCGUGCAAACGUCUUGAGGUGACAGGCGGCGAGUCUGUCACCUACACGACCCCUUACGGCUUUGAGGGUGAGGACCUGCUGUCUCUGCCGCCGGGGAGCACCGCUAUCCGCAGGCCAGCUGAGACUAAAUACAUCUGCUUCAACGAGCAGUGGCUGAAAGCGCCUUGGAGCUGCGAGAUAAUCGAAGGUGGCUGCGAAUACAAAUGUGCAGCGGAUCACCAGGAGCCCCCCUCCUGCUUCUGCCCGCCGGGCCAAGAGGUGAACCCUCAAAAUAACGUCACCUGUGAGGUGGCCAAAAAGGACCCAUGCCUGUCCCUGGGUUGCGAGCAAAUCUGUCAGAAAGAGGGCGACAUUUACGAGUGCAAGUGUGAACAAGGGUUUGAGCUGGCGGCGGACGGCAGGACAUGCAGGGACUUCAACGACUGCCGGGACGAGAGGCAGUGCCCGGGGGACAAUUUCAAGUGCAUCAAUACCGUCGGCGGGUUUCAGUGCGUCUGCAAGGACGGAUACAGGUUGACAGGCGACCAGUGUGUCGACAUGGACGAGUGUGUGUCCGCUCCGUGCGAGCAUCACUGCACCAACUCACCCGGCAGUUACAACUGCUCAUGCUUUGAUGGAUACAUUGUGAUACCAGAGACACCGCACAAGUGUAAGUUGCACUGUGGUAAGGCGGAAUGCCCUGCAGAGUGCGACCCCAAUAAUCCGUACCAGUGCGACUGCCCAGAUGGGUACAUACUGGAGGAGAGACAGGACGAGAUGGUUUGCUUGGACUUCAAUGAGUGCGAAAUGUUUUACUGCGAGCAAGGUUGUGAAAACACCUACGGGGGGUAUGUGUGCUCUUGCAACGCAGGCUACAAAUUAGUUGACCAGUUCAAGUGCCGAAAGACAGACGGGGAUACGGAUAAAGACACGGAUGGGUGGGAGGGCUCCGGAGCAGCCACAACUCCAUACUUUUUCACAACACCCAGUGUGAAAUAUCCAGAGCCCACAAGGCGACCCUCCAAGGUAACAGCAGGGGGUCUUCUGGGGAUCAUAGUGUGUAUAGUCGUGGUUAUCUUGGUGUUGGUUUUUGUGGUUCAUCACAUCCUCAGAAGACGGGGUAAAAUGGAGAGCGCCGGUGCGCUCAAAGCCCGGAGGGAUGAGGCUCACGAUUUACAGCAAGUAACCACUAACAAGAAUGAGAAAGCAGCCUCGGAGAGACCGCUGAAGCAAGACGCAUGAAUGUCAAUGUCCACUUAUCUGGGGUCGCUUAUGAAGAACUAUAAUUGAUACAUAAUAUUAGGAUAACAAAACAAAACUACAAGAACUGUACCAAGAGGAAGCGCACAGUAACAUUAUGAUGAAGCCAUAGGAGAUAAGGACACUACAGAGACAAGUCCCUAUAAGAUUAUUAUAUGCCUAUUAUAGAGAUUUUUCGUUAAAGAAGGAAUCCACAGUUUUGAAACAGAAAAGUGGCCAUAUCUACCAUUCAGUUCACACUAAACAGCUGCAAUGUACACAAACAGU